UGCGGUUCUAGAACGUCACAAACCAGUCGAUUCGACGUUACCGUUGCGAACGGCAGUGUUUGUUUCUUCCUGCGCGAAAAUUUGUCAUUUUCAGCGAGAGAAUGAGAAACCCCAAAGGAUAACGAUGAUUGGGCUAUUGAGAUACAUGCUCCACGUCUACCUGUUCCUCGUCGGAGCACACUUGUUCAACCGCUCGUGGGACUAUGCGCUGGACAAGCAGUGGGUCCCUCGCGAUGGCCUGGUGGUCAAGUAUCUGAGUGAUUUCAGUGAGUUCGAGACAACACCUGAGCAGCUCAUCUACCCGGUAGCGAAUGCGGAGAUAUUUGUGCGUGCUUACGUACGUCCCGCCAAUGAAACCCACUACAGCCGCCUGACUCAAUGCGAGCUGUACAAAGGUGUCCACAGGGACACUAUGGUGAGGAGGCUGACGUCUGGGGGGAAAGACCCAGGACGGGUUAACAUAGAGGCUGCACGAUAUUCAUGGAGGUUUUUCUACCUCGUCCGGUCCUGUUUCCGCCUGAGACAGCCGAGUGAGGACUUCGACGUGCCGCCAGAGGAGCCGCCGCCUCCCUACAUCCCCAUCACCUGGCUUCAGCUGGCCAGGAAUAUCCGUGAUUGGACCACGGACUACCUGCGAGAGGCUUCCUCUGAGGAUCCGACUGAUUCUUACACCGGACCAGGACCUUGCCCAAAGAAAUGGAGCGAGUUCUUCCAAGAAACCUACAAAAGUAUGACGGCAUGGAUCUCAUCGGACGAUGAGAAUGAACUUGACGCCGCCAACGCCCCGCCCCGCCCAGCCACCAACACAGACCCCCCUGAGGUCACGUGGUCCCACCUGUGGGGUGAGAUAUGCAAGAAGGCGUCCUCUGACGUCAGAGCUAUCUUCUGGUCAGACACACCUGAUGACGUAGUGACACAAGAUGAAGCACCCAAGACUGACCCUGCCGACCCUGCCGACCCUGAGCCCACUGGAGGUGUUUGGGCUGCACUGAUGAACCUCCUUCCCUCGUUCCCGUCAGCCACUGCGGACAGGCCUGAUGCCAAUGUGGCCAAAACCACACAUGAUGAGACACCAGACCCUGGUGGCAGGAAGGUGAGCUACUCUACCGAGCCCGGUUGGAGCGUGCCCGCCUGGAUUGGUCGCAUUUUCCAGGCUAAGAAGCCAAUGACAGCCCAGAUUCGGGCCGGCGCCCCCGUGAUCGUCGACGAUCCUCCCUAA